ACCUACGUACCAUCUCUUUUCUCUGAAGGAAAAUAAACAAUGAGCAGCUGUGGAUGGUCGCCAUCAUAGGACUGGGGUUUUGUAUUUGGGAGAUAGCGGAGGUGCUUUCGUGGAUUUUCAUCGAUAGAGAGCUUGGUGGUGUAAAUUACCCUUCUUAGUACAUUCUUGUGUGUUAGGACAUUACGAGUCGGAGCGAAAUUUGUUCUGUGAAGGAAUAAUAGACUAGAUUGCGUUUAGCACUUCAUGACGCCAUGACCAUUAAACACAAAAAGAAGAAUGCUGAGCGCCCAUUGGAAAAUGAAAACUCCGAAGGGACAAGCCUGCAUGGAGGACCUCUUUUGGGACAUCACAAUCAACAUCAAGUAAACAUAAACCAACAGGCAAAUGGUCUUGGUCAGCUGCCAGUGGCCCGCACCGACUUGGAGCGUCUUUUCGCGGCCGGCUCCAACUCGCCGCCCGUCUGGCCGCUGGCGCCAUCUCGUGACGAGGCCGGAGCACAGUACGAGGAGUACGACACCCGCGAGCCGCCGCCCAACCCGGGCAAGCGGCGCCACCGCGCCAGCCCGCACAGGUCGGUGCGAGCCAAGCACCGCGAGCGUGCCGAACGCAGCACGGCCUCACCGACGUUCCACGCGGUUGCGCCGCCGGCGGCCGGGCCGCCGCUGGUGGCCGGCGUGUCCGGCCCGCUGGGCGUGCCUGGCCCGUCGGUUGGCCGCAUCGAUACGGACGCCGCCGGCUACAACUCGGGCGACGAGUACGGCGCCGACUGCUGGGAUCUCACCGACGACCAGUGGCAGGAGAAGGAGCGUCAGUUCGAGAAGAAGCUGAAGAAGAAGGGCCUGACGAUCAAGCGAACUGUAGAGGAUGGCGCCUGCCUCUUUCGCGCCGUGGCCGACCAGAUCUUCGGUGACGAGGAGAUGCACCACACCGUCCGCAAAUACUGCAUGGAGUAUAUUGGUUCCAACGAGGAUUACUUCUCGCAGUACAUAACGGAGGAUUUUCGGGAGUACGUGCGCCGCAAGAGUAAGCCAUGGGUGCAUGGCAAUCACAUCGAGAUCCAGGCGAUGAGUGAAAUGUACAGCCGCACCAUAGAAGUGCUCUGCUAUAGCUCUGAGGCCAUCAACAUCUUCCACGCGCACCAGGAGCCGACGGGCACGACCAACGAGCCGAUCCGCCUCUCCUACCACCGCGGCACCCACUACAACUCGGUGGUGAACCCGUACAAAGCUACCAUCGGCGUCGGUCUGGGGCUUCCCGGCUUCGUGCCCGGCCUGGCCGACCACAACCUGCUACUGGACGCCACCAAGAAGAGCGAAGACCUACACAUCGAGCAGACCAUGCUGGAGGACAAGCUGAAGGCCACCGACUGGGAGGCCACCAACGAAACCAUCUCGGAGCAGGUGGCGCGCGAGAGCUACCUCCAGUGGCUCAAGGACAACGAAAAACGCAACAAGACCUCAUGCGCGUCGUCGUCGACGGCGACGUCGGCUGAGGUGCGUUCCCCGCGACCAUUGCCGGCGCGAAGUCCGUCGGCCACCAGCCAGCCGUCGCCGGGCCGCUCGUCCAGCGGGCGCGGCUCGCCGCGCGGCGCCGCCAAACCCGCCGCCGCCGCCGCCGCCGCCGCUGCCGCCGCCGCCGGCCCGGCCACCGCCGCCCAGGACCGCGUGGGCUCACCGCUGGCCGCACCCGGGCCUAGCAGAGACCUUGGCUUCCCGCUGCUGGAGACAGCCACCUUCAUGAAUCAGCUGCCGCCGGCCAUGUUCGGUUUGUCUGAAUGGGAGGAUGCUGGCAUACUGGCCCAAGUUCUUGCCGCAUCUCAGCAAGAGUACCUGGACAGUCUGAAGAAGAGCAAAGACGAAAAUGGUGGUCGCAGUGCAGAUGGCGCCGGACCUUCAACUUCAAGUUAACGGCACUAGGUGGCAGUGCUUGGUGUAGCGUUUUUUGUUUGCAUGCAGAGCGAAUGCAGUGAUGGGGAGAAUGUGCAAAUAGCAGUAUUCGUUAGAGAAGCGUAAUUGUAGUGUAUUCGGCUGAAUUCCUUGCCGUCAAAUAUUUUCCACGCGUCUCAUCACCGAUUUCUACGUAUGAUCCAUUAGUCUGUUAAAGCACUGAUCUGCCAAAUCCUUACAAUGGUUUGUACGAACUUGCCCGUUAUCUACCACUGUACAUUGUCUGGGCGAUAAAACGUUACGUUUUGCUGCAUUCUUCCGAGCGUUAGCCUGGUACUGGAUUUCGUUGAGGCGUGUCCUACACCAUAGCCCUUAUAAGGGACCGACCGUGGAUUUGGCUGCACGCGACCCAUCAGGCGCGAUGAAGUGGGACGCCUCUUGACGCCCGUGGCCGAUGUGCGUUUAACCCUACCGCGUACAGCCGCACACGGCGGCGGCAAUGGACGUUGGACCGAUCGCCCGUUGACCUUGUGUAUGCGUGGGAAGGGGGGGGGGGGACAGGCAGGUGGCCGUAGUGUGUACAUAUCCCCGGAGCAGCGGUGUCAGUUGACCAGGCAGGGGGCGCAGGUUGGUGCGGUGUUCCGUAGAAGCGGCUGAAAGCCACCUGCGCGCACAAAUUGGCGGGAUGCCACGGAGGGACCGCGAGGGCUGAUGGCUUGGUCGCCCUCACUGAAACAAGUGCCGUGCCACUGUAAAUCUGUAUCGGGGAUAUUGCAUUGAUAACGUGAUUUUAAGUUUGUGAUUAUGGAAGAUUUAAGGUUUGUAGUCUUCUUUUGAACAAAUCGGUUUUGAAUCCCAGUUUAUUUACUCAUAAUGUUACGUCAGUGGACUUCGAUCGUUCUCUAGUCUGAUCCCGUGAGCAAAUAUGUCAAUAUAUCCGUGGCUUUACGU